ACUGCGGGGAGGGGAGGGUGAAAGGAGGGUUUUAGAGGAAGCGGAAGUAUCAAAACAGGCGGAAGUGGUACUGCCCUGAGGACCCAGAGAGCGGAGGACGGCUCGAAGAACUUUAAUCAAUCAGAGAAUAAAUUCGGGAUCACCAGUGCACGUUAACAUCCUUAAAGAUGGAUAAGAAUGAUCUGGUGCAGAAAGCAAAGCUGGCGGAGCAGGCCGAGCGCUACGACGACAUGGCGGCUGCCAUGAAGGCUGUGACGGAGCAGGGUUUGGAGCUCAGCAACGAGGAGCGCAACCUUCUGUCUGUUGCCUACAAGAAUGUGGUGGGUGCGCGCCGUUCAUCCUGGCGUGUCAUCUCCAGCAUUGAGCAGAAGACAGAAGGAAACGAGAAAAAGCGGCAGAUGGCCAGUGAUUACCGUGUGAAGAUUGAGGCUGAACUCCAAGAAAUCUGCCAUGACGUGCUGAACCUGCUUGACAAAUUCCUCAUUCCCAAUGCGUCUCAGGCAGAGAGCAAGGUGUUCUACCUCAAAAUGAAAGGAGAUUACUUCAGAUACCUGUCAGAGGUGGCUUCUGGAGACUCUAAAAAGGACACUGUGGAGAACUCUCAGCAGGCCUACCAGGAUGCCUUUGACAUCAGCAAGAAGGACAUGCAGCCAACACACCCCAUCCGGCUGGGCCUGGCCCUCAACUUCUCCGUCUUCUAUUAUGAAAUCCUCAACUCGCCAGAGCAGGCGUGCUCUCUGGCCAAGCAGGCUUUUGAUGAGGCAAUUGCAGAGCUUGACACUUUGAACGAGGACUCAUACAAAGACAGUACACUGAUCAUGCAACUACUAAGGGACAACCUUACUCUGUGGACAUCAGAAAACCAGGGAGAUGAACCUGAAACCGGCGAUGGAGACAACUAGUGUGCACUUCAAUGUUAACUCCCCAACGAUCCUCUUCUUCUUGUUUUUCUCCUCUUUCUUCUCCUUCUCUUUGUACACAUAAGAUACCUGCUCAUUCCCAUGUCCCUUCUGUAUAACCAACAGCAUGAAUAGUACUUGAACUUCAAAUGUUAAAUAAAGUAAAUUGAAAGAGGAAAAAGUCCUCACUUCUUUCAUUCCUCCUCACUCCUCCUCCUCCUCCUCCUCCUCCUCCUCCUCCUCCAUCAUGGCUCUAUGAAGCCGGCCGGCAGUCUGGCCAACAAUAGGAACGAGUCUCCUCCAAACCACCAAAACCGCCUCAAUCCCAGAUUCUUGUUAGUUUUCCGUCUCUUCUUUACUGCAUUCACUCUCUCCUUCCUAACAUCUCAUUUGCUGCCCUUUCCCGCCUUUCUUGUGAGGUCAUGCAGAGUUGUCCAUUCCUUCUUUCUCUUUUGGCUUUUUAGUGUUCUGGCAAACAUGACUGGUUUUAUUUUUACUUUAAACAAAAUAAAAAGGUUAUUAAACCAUCCAUUUAUUUUCAACAAACACUGUGAUGCUUAAUUUUUUCUCCACCUCACCACCAAGUCAUGCUGAGAGACGGACGAUCGGGGAGGCGGGGCUUAUUGGAUAGCGGUGAUUCUGCUGAGGUUUAUACAGAAGGGUCCUGCUGUACGGUUUAUUGUGACACUGCCAAACAAAUGUCAUAAACUCUGUGAGCUGGAAUCUGUCGUUUAAAGCAUCAACAAAUCUGGAACAUUGAGCUGAAGCAUGCCGUCUUUAUUCAAGCAUUUCCCUCAUAGAAACUGUAUUUUUUUGGCUGUCGUGUGCAGGUGACUGUCGGCGCCACUGGAGCUGCACCUCAUCCUGUGGUCACGAGCUUCUUGUUUUAGGACAUGCUGUAAAUCGAUCUGGUUUCUGCAGAGAAACCGUUAGAACUGAUGGUUAGUUGCUGAUGUGUUCUUUGUGACUGUUUCUGUUUCUUUGCCAUCGCUCAUUUUUUGGCUCUCAGCAGCUGGUUUAGUAACGUCUCCAAAUGUCCCUCUUUGGAAAACGAUCUAAAAAUGAGGCACAAUUUAGUAAACCACUCCCCUCCUGCACCCCGUCUUCACGGUGAAUCGUGAAGCCAACGUACAGGAAGUCGUCAGUCGCCUCUGUUGUCAGUAGAGUGAAGGAGUCAAAGCUCAUCCUUCAGUCCAGGUCGUAGGACCCGUUUGUUCAUGCAGCCCGUGUCAGAAAUGCCUUGCAUGCAAUCACUGCUACAUUCUCAUUUUUGUUAAAAAAAAAACUAAAAAAAUACUGCCAUGUGUUGCAUCAUUUAAACGGUCUCAUCGUUUUAGCUUUUCAACCGUCAGGAAAGCUUCAGUGUCAAACAUUUAUUUUCAUAAAGCUCAGUGACAUUCCACUAUAGUCGUAGAAAUGCUGUCUGUAACCAGACAGUCGUCAUGAAUCCGUCUUUAAAAAUCAUCCCUGCUGCUCGUUUCUUUUUCCUUUACUUGAAAGAAAAACAUUUGUUCCAUCUCAAAGAAACGAAGCGAUCCCAUGUGGCCCUGCGUCCAUCCUGGUCGGCUCUCAAGUCAGUAUUCUGCCGAAAUCAAAGUACAUAAUUGGUAACAAAUAAUUGCUUCUUUGGUGGUUUUCUGCUUAGCCAGCACGUGGUUGUGAAUUUUAGUAAGCUUGAGGACAUCAGGAAAAAGUAAAAAAAACACAUGAAUGAAACCCUUUCAGGACCCUCCUUCCACCCAGUUUAUAAGAGUAAUACUAGAUUAGUGUAUCUUAAAAAAUCAGACUGCUUUCACCUUACAUGUUAUAAUCUGGACAAGAUGUAAGAUGAUGUAAAAUGAAAUAAAGAUUUUAUCAGUUCCACCUC